UAUGAACAAGUACCGACUAUUUAAGCCGACGAUCAUACAGAGCUAGCUGCUCUUGUCGGCCGUUAUUUCUGGCUGCAAUUGCACGAACAAUCAGAUAUACUGUUCCCGCGCGUUUAUCGUUUUCUGAUCGUACUUUUUAUGCCAAGAAUCAAUUUCCGUCUUAAUUCAUGUUUUUGGGAGGUUUUUUGUUGAACGAGAAAAGUUAUUCCGAAUCAAAAUUUGAAAAACAUGGGGGAUUCAUCAUCUCCGGAUCCGAGCUCCUCAACGAUGACGGACCUGAACAUGGACACUCUGGUGCAGUGCGCCAGUUACCUAAGCCUUCGGGACCUCUCAAACAUGGCGAUGUCGUGUAAAUAUCUUCAAAGGGCUGCCUAUUCUGAUUCCAUCUGGCUAUCCCUUUUCAGACAUCGUUGGCCGCUGCCUAUACCUCUGAGCUCUUCGCAAGUGUCAAAUGUCAGGGAUGCAUACCUGACUAGGCAUUCUACCAUGCAACAGUUUAAGUACUUAGAUCCCCAAUCUUCUGACUUCUUUACGUUUGGAAAACCUUCUGAACAUAUUUUGUUGGAUAAAAACAAUGUCAUGUUUUCACAGGUAUUAGGUUUCUAUUUUGCUACAUUCUUUUCUUACAUAGAUGUAUCUUAUGCAAUCAUUUGCCUCUAAGAGUCCCCCACUACCCCCAAUUAUGAGCGAAACUGAAAUGACUAAUUUCUGUUUACUGAUGGAUGCAUGUAGGUAUAACUUAAAAAACUACCUAGUGAAGUUGCUUAGCAAGUUAGUUUAAAUUGAAUUAACGUCCAGGCAAGACCAAAAAGAAAAAAAUAAGUAGAUGGGGAAUAAGGAGUUCUCAUCUUAUAUUUCUGCGACCAAUAUGGUAUUCUAUUCUUGCUAUUGUUUGCCAGUCAAAUAUGAGCUACUACUUUGUGUGGAAUCUUGGGGUAGCAGGACAGUGAAGAAAAUGAUGGUUACAAUGAAAUAAGCAGAAAGGGGAGGGAAGUGAACAGAUGUUGAUAAUCUGAUUAACAUGUUGGCUGAUAAAAACUGAUAAGAAAACGAGAUGAAAUAAUUUUUUUUUUUUUUUAUAUCAUUUACUUAUUUAUAUAACAUGGCAUGAACAGUAGGAGUUAAUAUCAUUAAAAUUUGACUCGUCUCC